UCAGAAACUGCAGUCAGUCGCUGUUGUGGCAGGGAAGCAGUACAUUCAGUCCAUGAUCUCGCUGGUAGAUCCAUGGUUCAGCUUGAGCUAGAAGCAGGACUAUUUAGAACUAACCGACGAAGCCGAGAUAAUUACCACUGUCGUCACGGAAAAGCGUCCUGCUCUUCAGGACACAUUUAAUCCUCCAGGUGCUGAGGAAAGAAGAAAGAACCCUUUGUGUCAAGAUUCAAGGCUGAUACAUCAAGAGUAUGUCCAUCUAAUUGUCCCUUUCAUUGUGAAUGGAUCAGAGGUGACUCAUAACCAUGCGCUGUCUGGCCGCUCGGGUGAACUACAAGACCCUCAUAAUUAUCUGCACCCUCUUCACACUCAUUACUGUGUUGCUGUGGAACCGAUGCUCCAGUGACACGUCCGUACGCUUCCUGCCCCGUGCUGCCUUGGUUGCUCCGAGUCCCAGGGUGGGAGAUUCGAGCAUCAGCAGCCAGCAACACCCUCCACAACCCCCAGAGCCUCCGCCUGUUGUUGGUGGCGCUGGUGGACUAAAAUAUGAAGAGAUUGACUGCCUGAUCAACGACGAAUCGACCAUCAAAGGGCGCCGUGAGGGCGGAGAGAUCUACCUGCCCUUCAGUUGGAUGGAAAAAUACUUUGAGGUGUACGGGAAAGUUGCACAGUACGACGGCUAUGAUCGUUUUGAGUUCCAGCACAGCUAUUCGAAGGUUUACGCGCAGCGUGAGCCCUACCACCCUGAUGGAGUCUUCAUGUCUUUUGAGGGAUACAAUGUGGAGGUCCGAGACCGUGUCAAGUGUAUAAGUGGAGUGGAAGGUGUUCCCCUGUCCACUCAGUGGGGUCCUCAAGGCUACUUCUAUGCCAUCCAGAUUUCCCAAUACGGUUUGAGCCAUUACAGCAAAAACCUGACAGAGCGUGCCCCCCACGUGGAGAUCUACGACACAGCCGAGGAGAGGGACAGCCGGGCCAGCACAGCACCCUGGAGUGUACCGAAAGGUUGCAGUCUCACCCGUGUUCAUGACAAGACCCGAGCUACCUCCGUGCGUCAGUUCAGUGCUUCAGAGUCCUCAGAAGGCGUCUCCCUCCAGCUGGGUAACUCCAAAGACUUCAUCCUCAGCUUGGACAUCAAGUUCACCUCCAAUGGCAGCGUGUCGGUGAUUCUUGAAACCACGGAGAAGGGCCCGCCCUUCACCAUUCACUAUGUGACCAACACACAGCUCAUUGCCUUCAAAGAUCACGAAAUCACCUAUGGAAUCGGACCGCGAGCUACCUGGAGCACUCUGACCCGAGAUCUGCUCACCGACCUCAGGAAGGGCGUCGGGCUCUCCAACACCAAGGCUGUGAAGGCCACUAAGAUCAUGCCCAGGCGGGUGGUGCGCUUGGUUCUACAUGGCCGCGGCUUCGUCGACAAUGUCACCGUCUCCACCACAGCCCACAUGGCCGCGUUCUUUGCCGCCAGCGACUGGCUGGUUCGCAACCAGGACGAAAGAGGCGGCUGGCCCAUCAUGGUCACUCGCAAGCUGGGUGAAGGCUUCCGGUCCCUGGAACCCGGGUGGUACUCGGCCAUGGCUCAGGGCCAGGCCAUGUCCACACUAGUGAGAGCCUACCUCCUCACCAAGGAUCAGGUUUAUCUCAACGCUGCCCUGAAGGCAGUCGGACCCUACAAGGUGCCUUCAGCACAGCACGGGGUCAAAGCUGUGUUCAUGAACAAAUACGACUGGUAUGAGGAGUACCCCACCACGCCCAGUUCCUUUGUUCUCAACGGCUUCAUCUACUCCCUGUUGGGCCUCUAUGACUUGACUGAGACAGCCGGAGAGAAACUUGGACGGGAGGCAGCGCAGCUGUUCAGCCGGGGCAUGGAGUCGCUGAAGGCCAUGCUGCCCCUCUUUGACACGGGGUCUGGGAGCAUCUAUGACCUGCGUCACUUCAUGUUGGGCACCGCUCCCAACCUGGCACGCUGGGACUAUCACACCACGCACAUUAAUCAGCUACAGCUGCUGGCCUCGAUAGACAAUUCUCCCAUCUUCAAAGACGUGGUCAAACGCUGGAAAAACUACUUAAAGGGGAUUCGUGCCAAGCACAACUAGGCAAAACUGUAAUCCACAUACGUAUAUGACACAGCUGAGGUGGUGAUUGAAAAGAGGAGGAAUGUGCUUUAUUUGUGAAAGCUGGAGGGAUAAUUAAAUGUGAGGAUGGUG